AUGUCACGUAACGAUACUAUACAGAUAGGCGAGCAUAAUCAUAUAAAAGAAUACGGUUUAGUUUAUAACCAAAGUGAACCUUUUGAAUAUUAUUAUCAAGAUGGGGAUUUUGAAUUUGAUGACAUUUUAUCAAUUUUAGAUGAAGAAAAAACCGAUUCUGAUAACCCAUCAUUAAACGAUGAUUUAAAUUUUUUUUCUCACACUCAACAACCAAAUUCAAAGAACUUUAUGAUACACAAGGAUGAAAAAUUAUAUAGAUACAACUAUGAUACAGAACUUUUAAUACAACCAAAAAUUUCUUCACCUUUUGAAGAUGCAAAAAUUUUUAAAUCUUUUAAAGAUACGAAUGACUAUAGUACAGAUCCUUCAGUUUAUUCACACGACGAGGCCGAUGCCUACACUGACAUGCUUUCAGUCAUGUUUAAAUCAUCCGCCAAAUCGAAUUUUUUAACUUCAAAUGCAAUGAUAAGGGCAAAAUCAAAUUCAACAUUAAUUAAUCCAUUCCAUGAUAUGUUUGAAAAUGUCCAUAUCGAUCCGUUAAAUGAUAUCGGACUGGGGAAAAGAAAUAUAGAUAUCGACAAUUCCCCAGAUUCUCAAACUCCAAAUUUAACUCCAACUUCAGCAUACUCUAACGAUAAUAGAGAAAUUAUAUUUGACAGCGACCCUGCAAAUUAUUUAAAUACAGACUUCGGAUUAGUACCAGAUACCACAACGUGCUCUCCUUCUCCUGCAUCAUCAACAUCAUCUCCCAUCUCAAAGGUACAUCAUCAAGUCAAAAGAAUGUCCCAUCAAAACACGUCAUCUUUAGCAUAUCAACAAAUGAAAUAUUCUUGUGACGUCUGUGGUAAAAAAUUUAAGAGACCUUCUUCAUUGAAUACUCAUACAAAUAUACAUACAGGAAAUAAGCCUUACAGUUGCCCUGCUGCUAAAUGUAAGAAAGCCUUCAAUGCUAAAUCCAAUAUGUUGAGACAUUACAAAUUGCACUUCAGAAUAAGUAACGGUGCAUAUUUAUUACCAAAUGGCGAAAUGACAACAAAAAAGCCAACUUCAAAACAAUUAUUCCCAUUAUUAGUUGAACAUAACAUUGUAGAAUAA